CCCAACCAUCACUCUUCCUGUUUGUUACUUGACAACAACUACCCGACUCGCUCGGUGUCUCUGCCAACUGACUGCAUCCCUCGCUGUGCUGACGGGAUUAUAUCGAACUUCUCUUUGCUUUUUCCCCUUCUAUAGACAGAGCUUGACUUGUCCAUACACUCACAGCCCCCUCAUAUCUCCACCAUGUCGUCACGGAAGAAGGUCUUGUUGAAGGUUAUCAUUCUUGGUGAUAGCGGCGUCGGUAAGACGAGUUUGAUGAACCAAUAUGUCAACAAAAAGUUCAGCGCAAGCUACAAGGCCACAAUCGGAGCCGACUUUCUCACCAAGGAGGUUCUAGUCGAUGAUCGGCUAGUGACAAUGCAGAUUUGGGACACUGCAGGACAAGAACGAUUCCAGUCCCUCGGCGUUGCAUUCUACCGCGGUGCGGACUGCUGCGUCUUGGUCUACGAUGUCAACAAUUCGAAGAGUUUCGAGGCCCUUGACAGCUGGCGCGACGAGUUCCUGAUCCAGGCCAGCCCCAGGGAUCCUGAGAGCUUCCCUUUUGUUGUGAUUGGUAACAAGAUCGAUGUGGAAGAGAGCAAGCGGAUGAUCUCUUCGAAACGGGCUAUGACGUUCUGCCAGUCGAAAGGCAACAUUCCCUACUUCGAAACGAGUGCCAAGGAAGCCGUCAACGUUGAGCAGGCUUUUGAAGUCAUCGCCCGGAGCGCUCUGGCACAAGAAGAGGCAGAAGAAUUUAGUGGGGAGUUCAGCGACCCGAUCAACAUCCACCUUGAUGGUGAGCGUGACGGAUGCGCUUGUUAAUGACCCCUAUACUAGACAUGCCUUGCGAACGUUUUAUAUUUCUGCUUCAAGCCCGCUCCAUUUUCGCUGUACGCGCCUCCGAACGCUCCCAUUUCGUGCUUGUCAGAGCACAUCAAUGCCUCGUAUGAACUUUUGAGCUUGGAAGAGCGUAGCUGUUCUUUUUGGGAACACCUGCACUUAUACAGUUAUGGAGCUCCUCAUGUGUCACGCUCCUUGUCUUGUGUUUGCCUGCCAAUUCGCAUGGGAUAUCCGUUGAUGGUCUUGAUUCUGCUUAAUAUUUCCCUUUUGCUUUUCUGGUACGAAGGUACUAUCAUGUUCUGUAGGAGUCUGGAAUAUUAUUGCUUAUCUGCUGAAAGCUUGUACAG